UCCUCCCUGUUUCACCCCUCUCCCCCUCCCCCGUCCCCGCUCUCCCCCUGUUGUAAUCCCCUGCCGAGGAUUUGACUCUAAUCCGCGCCGCUCGCAGCCGGUUCGGACUCAGCCUCCGGCGGGGAUUGCGAGCGCUGCCCGGCCAGGCUGAUCCCCGGGCACCGACUGAUGGUCCAGGGCGGUGCGUUCCCUGGGGUUUCGGCUGUGGGAACCCCGCCAUGGGUCGCAAGGAAGAGAGCGAGUGCUGGAAAAAGCAAACGAACAACAUCACCGACAUCUUCCAGCUAAUGGAACUCCUGGGCUCAGGAGCCUUUUCAGAAGUGUAUUUGGCUAAGGAGAGGGCGACGGACAAACUGGUAGCACUGAAGUGUCUUCAGAAAAAGAAGAAGGAUGCUGUUGUGUUGGAAAAUGAAAUUGCUGUUUUGAGAAAGAUCAAACACGAAAACAUCAUUGCCCUGGAGGACAUCUACGAGAGCCCCACCCACUACUACCUGGUCAUGCAGCUGGUGUCCGGAGGAGAACUUUUCGACAGGAUUCUGGAUCGUGGAGUUUACACGGAGAAAGAUGCCAGCUCUCUGAUACGACAGAUUCUCGAGGCAGUAAGGUAUCUCCAUGAGAAUGGAGUGGUACAUCGAGACUUGAAGCCUGAAAACCUGUUAUACUACAACUCUGAUGAAAACUCCAAAAUCAUGAUCAGUGACUUUGGCCUCUCCAAGAUGCAGGACAUGGGGGUGAUGUCCACGGCGUGUGGCACUCCUGGCUAUGUGGCUCCUGAGGUUCUCCAUCAGAAACCCUAUGACAAAGCAGUGGAUUGCUGGUCUAUUGGAGUCAUUACAUACAUCCUGCUGUGUGGUUACCCUCCUUUCUAUGAGGAUACCGACUCAAGGCUCUUUGCUAGGAUUUCGAAGGCUGACUAUGAAUUUGACUCUCCGUUUUGGGACGAUAUCUCAGAACAGGCAAAAAGUUUUAUCAGACACUUGCUGGAGAAAGACCCGAAGAAACGGUUCACUUGUGAGCAAGCCCUGUGCCACCCCUGGAUCUCAGAGUACAGCGCCCCACUGCGCAAUAUCUACCGCUCCGUCAGUACGCAGAUCGCCAAGAACUUCGCCAGGAGGACGUGGAAGCGGGUAAUCAAUGCUACCCUAAUAGUUCACCACAUGCAGAAACUGCAUUUACCUUCAGAUCAGAGGGUGGCCAAUUCCAACUGCAGUCGAGGAGACUCCAAACUGGCUUCUGCAGACACCUCCAGGGAGUUGCAGCAGACAAGAGUCAGACAGCAUUCUGCUCCGAGCCUUCUGACCAGCAGCCAGACAGACAGCGAGAGCCUUGCUCCAAAAGCACCUCUUCAUCGGCGAAUGAGUGAGGAGGCACGGGUCGCAGGGCGGGAGCCGGACGCCUCACCCGAGGAGGAGACGCCCUUCAGCUGUGUAGCACAUGAGGACCUGCUGACAGGAGCGCUCGAGGACGGAGAUCGUGCAGCCGGAUCUCCCGGGCCAGCUGAAGCCAGCGCUGGAGACACGUCAGCUCCUUGCCAAGUAGUGAAGCUGAAGGGUUGGAACAGCAUCGAGCGUGUUGAGGUCAGGCAGACUGGAGUGUGCUUACUGAUGUAACUCGGACGCGGUGGCUUCACGGACCGGUGAGUGAUCGAAGGCUGAAUGAACAGAUGCUCGAUAACAUCUGGUUGAUAUGGAGAACUGACCAGAACUGAGGGACGAGAAAUUUAACAACGCCAUGGGGUCUUCAUUGUUACUGAUCCUCCUGGUCUGAGUGAGGGACCUGCACCGUGGAAGUAAGGAUUGGAUUGGAGAGGACAGACAACAGACAAGACUGGACUCAAUGUAAAUACUUAAGUCCAUUUGAACUUAUUGUUGACCUCAGGCAGUAUGGUUUUAGAUUUUCAAAUUAUUAAAUGGCAGAAAUGAAUAUUUAUGCUCAAGUAACAUGUUAGGCUUUUGUAGGUUGUUUUUAAUUAAUAACAUAGUCAGUUUACGUGGAAUUCUGUAUAAGCUAAUGGAUGCUGAGAGAUUUGUAUAGCCUCCCACAACUAUUGAGAGGUUUGGUUUAAUCAGGGACUCGGACUUGCUGCCUUUGCAGAGGUAAUAUUAUGGUUAGAAUAGGUCCAUCUCCUCAUGUCUUUAGGUGAUUACUGGGACCCUGACCUUCAACUCUCCUCUAAACUCUGUCCUUGAGCUCAUGAUCACAGCUUGAUGUCGGGGCUGCCCACCUUACACAGAAAGCUGUUUCAGGGAUCAUGUUCCUUCCACACAACAGAAUCGCCGUACUGUCAAAACUAUGAAGUGGAAAUGCAAACAGGUCUGACAGGUGCGCCUCAGCUAUCUAGUAUAAUCACAGGAGAUGUUUGUAGGUUUUGUGGACUAACUUUGUGAAUCCCUACAUUUGGCUCUCUAAGGAUCUGUUAAAUGAUAUAACCUGUGUUUGUUCUGUGAGUUUAAGAGCUGGUUCAUGUUCCGGCAUUGCUUUGGAACUGUAGUCAGGCAGGCAACAUGGGGAUUGGACCAACAGUGGAUCUGAGGAAGAGAAUCAGCCAUUGGCCAAGUGUUCCUGCUUCCUCUCUCUCUGCUUCCAUAGAACAUAAAGCCGAAAUGCUGCCUGCCCCUCUCAGUGUUUCUAGCACCUUUUUUAUUUCAGGUUUUCAGAAUCUGCGGUCUAUUUAUUUGUUUUUUGUUCUCAUCUUCAGUUUUCGGAAUCUACAGAUUUUUACCUGUACACCAUGUUUAUAUUUCAGGUUUCCAGAAUCUGCAGAGUUUUUUCUUUGUAUUUCCUGUUUUUAUUUCACGUUUCCAAUAUCUGAAGAUAUUUGUUUGUAUUCUGUUUUUGUUUCAAGUUUCCAGAAUCUGCAGCUUUUUGCUUCACACUGGCAGGCUCCAUUUGUACAACUCAAAGGAUUUUGUCCUAUCUUGUUGGCUUUCAAAGUUGUGCAUUAAUUUGGUUGGUGAAUAGCUGUGUAGAGGCUCCUAGCAUCAUAGUCCUAGAAAAGUUCAGCACAGAAACAGGCCCUUUGGCCCAUCUAGUCCAUGCCAAACCAUGGCCUGCACCCCUCCAUAGCCCUCCCAUCCAGGUACCUAUCCAAACAUUUCUUAAACAAUGAAAUUGAGCUUGCAUGCAGUCACAAUCUUCUGAGUGAAGAAAUUUUCCCUCAUAUUCUGCUUAAACUUUUCACCUCAAGUUGCAGCCCCACCCAACCUCAGUGGAAAAAGCCUGCUUGCAUUUACCCUAUUUACACCUCUCAUAAUUUUGCAUACUUCUGUCAAAUGUCCCCUCAGUCUUCUAUGUCUAAAGGAAUAAAGUUCUAACCUAUUCAAUCUUUGCUUGUAACUCAGGUCCUCCAGACCCAACAACAAGGUUGCAAAUUUUCUCUGAACUCUUUCAAUCUUAUUUACAUCUUUCCUGUAGGAAAACUGUUCUGCAAGUUUAAGAGCUAGCUCAUGUUCCUGCGUUGCUUUGUAAGGUAGUCAGGUAGGCAACACAGGGAUUGGACCAGCGGUGGAUCUGAGGAAGAGAAUCGACUGUGUGGCCAACUGCUUCUGCUUCCUCCCUCAGCUUCUAUUGUACAUAGAACAUUACAGCACAAUACAGCUCCUUUGGUGCACCAUGUUCUGCCAGUCUUUAAACCUACUCUAAGCUCAAACUAAGCCCUCCCUCCCAUAUAGCACUCCAGGUUUCUAUCAUCCAUGUGCCUAUCUAAAAUUCUCCUAAAUGACUCUAAUGUACCUGCCUCUAACACAACCCCGCCCGUACA